AUGGGGGCUAGUGGUGCUGGCAAAACCACGCUACUAAAUACAUUUCUCCACCGGAAUCUCAGAGGACUUAAUGUAGAGGGACGUGUGGAAAUCAACGGCAACGUGAUUGGCCGAGAAAUAACGGCCAUAUCCGGUUACGCCCAGCAAGAGGAAAUGUUUGUUGGUACCUUAACCGUUCGAGAAUAUCUAUCUAUUCAGGCGCGUCUUCGAACGAAUUUAUCACAGGAAAAACGAGAAAAGCGUCUAAAUGUUAUUUUGGCUCAGCUUGGACUCACAAAGUGCCAGGAUAACCGGAUUGGUGUCGUGGGCGUUCAAAAAGGAAUUUCAGGAGGAGAAGGCCGUCGUUUGACGUUCGCAUGUGAGUUGCUGUCAAAUCCAGGUAUUUUGUUUUGCGACGAACCAACCACCGGAUUGGAUUCAUUUAUGGCCGAGCACGUCGUCGUAGUUCUGUCAAAGCUAGCAAGAAGUGGAAGGACAAUCGUGUGUACGAUACAUCAACCCGCUUCACAAUUGUUCCUCAUGUUCGAUAAAGUGACGUUAUUAGGUGAGGGUAUCAUUGGAAUGUCAAGGUUUGACGUGAGUCAUGGUUUCUUGAAGCCCACCCUCAUCAAAGCAGGGAUUUCUACAUUGAAGUCCAGUUACAACUGA